AUGGAGAAGUACCCUGUGAUGUACGGAGAAUCCAUGAACACAGUUCUGCGACAGGAGUUGAUCCGUUUCAACCGUCUGACAUCCGUUGUGAGAAGCUCACUUCAAAACAUGCAGAAAGCAUUGCAGGGUCUAGUGUUGAUGUCUUCAGAGUUAGAAGAAGUUUUUAACAGCAUGUUGAUUGGGAAAGUCCCAUCCAUGUGGGCUGCCAAGUCAUAUCCGUCCUUAAAACCAUUAGGUGGAUAUGUAAGUGAUUUGUUAGCUAGGCUGAAGUUUCUACAAAAUUGGAUUGAUCAUGGAAUUCCAAAUGUGUUCUGGAUAUCGGGCUUCUUCUUUACUCAGUCGUUUCUAACUG